GCCAGUACAUAAAAAACAACAUUUGAACUCGUGACGGAAACACAGGACAGUAAACGGCAACGUGAUGGGGUCCCUUUUCCGCAGUGAGGAGAUGUCCCUCUGCCAGCUCUUCCUGCAGAGUGAGGCAGCGUAUGCUUGUGUGUCGGAGUUGGGAGAAUUAGGAUUGGUUCAGUUCCGUGAUCUUAACCCCGAUGUCAACGCGUUCCAGCGCAAGUUUGUCAACGAGGUGCGCCGCUGUGACGAGAUGGAGCGCAAGCUGCGCUACCUUGAGAAGGAAAUCAAGAAGGACGGCAUCCCGAUGCUGGACACCGGCGAGAGCCCCGAGGCCCCGCAGCCCCGCGAGAUGAUCGAUCUGGAGGCAACCUUCGAGAAGCUGGAGAAUGAGCUGCGCGAGGUGAACCAAAACGCCGAAGCGCUCAAACGUAACUAUCUCGAGCUGACGGAGCUGAAGCACAUCCUGCGUAAGACUCAGGUCUUCUUUGACGAGGUAAGUGCCGUUUAUACCGGAAAUGUACCUAAUAAGACAAGAAACCGCUAUCAACAGAUGGCGGAUUCGCACAGGGAAGAGGAGCAGGUUAACCUUCUUGGUGAGGAGGGCAUUCGAGCUGGUGGUGCCGGGGCACAGGGACAAAAUCUAAAACUAGGCUUUGUUGCCGGAGUGAUUCUGCGUGAGCGCUUGCCAGCCUUCGAACGGAUGCUAUGGCGUGCGUGCCGUGGCAAUGUGUUUCUGCGCCAGGCGAUGAUCGAGGACCCGCUCGAGGAUCCGUCGAAUGGAGACAAGGUGUACAAGUCGGUGUUCAUCAUCUUCUUCCAAGGCGACCAGCUGAAGACGCGCGUGAAGAAGAUCUGCGAGGGCUUCCGUGCGACGCUCUAUCCGUGCCCGGAAGCGCCGACCGAUCGGCGUGAGAUGGCGAUGGGCGUGAUGACGCGCAUCGAGGAUCUGCACACCGUGCUCGGGCAGACGCAGGACCACCGUCAUCGGGUGCUGGUGGCCGCGGCCAAGAACCUAAAGAACUGGUUCGUGAAGGUGCGCAAGAUCAAGGCGAUCUACCACACGCUGAACCUGUUCAAUCUGGACGUGACGCAAAAGUGUCUGAUCGCCGAGUGCUGGGUGCCGCUGCUCGACUUCGAGACGAUCCAGAUCGCGCUGCGUCGUGGUACCGAGCGUUCCGGGUCGUCCGUGCCGCCCAUCCUGAACCGCAUGGAAACGUUCGAGGAUCCGCCGACGUACAACCGGACGAACAAGUUCACCAACGCGUUCCAGGCGCUGAUCAACGCGUACGGUGUCGCGAGCUACCGUGAAAUGAACCCGGCCCCGUAUACGAUCAUCACGUUUCCGUUCCUGUUCGCCGUGAUGUUUGGCGAUCUGGGUCACGGGCUGAUCAUGGCCCUGUUCGGCCUGUGGAUGGUGCUGAAGGAGAAGCCGCUCGCCGCCAAGAAGUCCGACAAUGAGAUCUGGAACAUAUUCUUUGGCGGUCGGUACAUCAUCUUCCUGAUGGGCGUGUUCUCGAUGUACACCGGCUUCGUGUACAACGACAUUUUUUCGAAGUCGCUCAACCUGUUCGGAUCGGCCUGGAGCAUCAACUAUAACACCUCGACCGUCAUGAGCAACAAGGCGUUGCAGCUGGACCCGAAAGGGCUUGACUACGCGCAGACACCGUAUCCAAUUGGGCUCGAUCCCGUCUGGCAGGUGGCACCACUGAACAAAAUUAUCUUCCAGAACGCGUACAAGAUGAAGAUCUCGAUCAUCUUCGGCGUGAUCCACAUGCUGUUCGGUGUGUUCGUUGGCCUGUUCAACCAUCGCUACUUCAAGAACAAGAUGGCCAUCUACUGCGAGUUCAUCCCGCAGGUGAUCUUCCUGGUAUUCCUGUUCUUCUACAUGACCCUGCUGAUGUUCAUCAAGUGGGUGAAGUACUCGGCCAGUUCCGAAACCGUCGAAUUCUCUGCCGGAUGCGCCCCGUCGAUUCUGAUCACGUUCAUCAACAUGGUGCUGUUCAAAGCGCCCGAAGAGGGUGGGGACUGCUCGCCGUACAUGUUCGCCGGUCAGGCGGGGCUGCAGAAGUUCCUGGUUGUCGUGGCGCUCCUGUGCGUGCCCUGGAUGUUGCUUGCCAAACCGAUUUUGAUCAUGCGUGGUCGUAAGGAAGCUGCGCAUCAACCCAUCGUACCGUACAGCAACGAGAAUGGUGACGCCGAUGGCGCUGGUCUGAACCACUCAGCAACGGCCCCGGCCGGUCAGCCGCAGCAGCAGGGCGCUGGACACGGACACGAUAACGAAGAAAUGUCUGAGAUCUUUAUCCAUCAGGGCAUCCACACGAUCGAGUACGUCUUGGGAUCCGUCUCGCAUACCGCUUCCUACCUUCGUUUGUGGGCUCUCUCGCUGGCUCAUGCCCAGCUUGCCGAAGUGUUAUGGAACAUGGUGCUGCAGAACGGACUCAAGCAGGACGGAUGGAUCGGAGGCGUUGCUCUGUGGGCCGUGUUCGCUUUCUGGGCCGUGCUUACCGUCGGCAUUCUGGUGCUGAUGGAGGGGCUUUCCGCCUUCCUGCACACCCUCCGUUUGCACUGGGUGGAGUUCCAGAGCAAAUUCUAUGCCGGUCUCGGCUACGCGUUCCAACCGUUCUCGUUCGAGGUUAUCCUGGAAACAAGCUCCAGCUCUACCGAGGACUAAGCGCGAUCGCACAAAAAUGAGGCUACGGACGACAUGUGGUGGGACUGUUGGUACGGAAAACAAUUAUUACACUUUUACUAACCCCAAUUGGCUGCGGCGGAUUACGUUAAACAGCAAAUUUAAAAUACCCACACAAACGAGACACAUAGAACCCUUUUGAUGGUGUGCCGGUAAGCAAGCGUCAUCCUUGCACACGUAAACAUAUGCGGCAUUGCAUACGCUUCAACCUAUUAACUAACUCGAAAUAUAAAUUAUACGCGUAGUCUUUGAUGUCAUGUUAUAAACGAAUUUAUCGCCAGAGUUUGUGAAGAGAAACAUGCGUGUGAUCGGUCGUCGAUACCGGGUUGGCUUUCGUUGCUCUUAGCGCGGCGACGACUCGCCGGAGAUCCGCAGAGUAGUGUGUCCAUCCGCUUUUCGUCACCUAGCUUUCCCUUCCCCCAAACCAGGCUUCUAACGGACAAAUGCACUGCAAAACUAUAUAACCAACCGAAAUAAAUGUUACUCGUUCAUUAGUGUCAGCAAAGCA